AUGUUAAAAAGCUUUGAAUAGAAAAUAAUAUCUAUUUUUCAAAGUCAGAAUUAAAUAAGGACAAUCAAAAUUAGAGAAUUCAAAAUAAUUUAGGGGAUUCAUUACACAUUAUUAGAUAGAAUAAAAAGGAAUGUUUCAUUUAAUCAUAUUAAGAGGAUUCUUUAAAUUAUUAAUUAGAUCAACGAAGUACUUUUGAAAUAAUUGAAAUAGGGAUACAUAUUCGAAUUAUGUUGUUAGAAAUCGAACUAAAUUUUCAAAAUAUAGAGGAAUUAGUUAAAAAGAAACUAACGUUUGAUAUUCUUCUAAUACUUUACUCAAAUAUAUCUAAUUAAGAAUUUAAAUAUAUUGUUCCAACAUAGUAAAUUUAUGUGUGUAAGGCAAAACCUAUACUUGAAUUAGUCAAUAACUUUGUAAUGA